UGUUUUGUUUUGGUUUUCCAGUCCCUUGGUUGACAUUAUCAGCAGACAGGAAAGGAACAAUGUCCGCGGACUACUCGCAUCUGAGCUCCGCCAUCCUGGAGCAAUGCUUCGGGAAGGUGGUGCAGGCUGUGGCCGAUUGCCUCUUUUCGGCCACCACGAGGACCCUUGGCCAGAUCAUCAGUGCAACCAAGUUCUCGCGUAAGGAGGUAGCACUCGCACUGGCGGUGCUGGUCAAAUACAGAUUGGUGGACUUCGCUGCAUCCAAGCAGAAUUCCUUCUUGGCGGAGUACGCCCUACGGCGCGAGGAUGUGCUCUGUCUCCUGCGAUAUCCGCGUUACGUUCAUCUGGUGCAAGCAAAAUACGGAAAUGUGGGCGCCUCCAUUGCCGAGGAGCUGAUUAAUUCAGGAUCGGAUUCGGCUAGUGGAAUCCUGAUCAAGUGCCUCAACAAUGGAGAGAAUAAAGCAGAAAGCCCGGAAUCCUAUCGCACCACUUUUCUUCAAAUGGUUACCGAUCACUAUAUCAUAAAAAGACCAGAACUCUUAGUGGGUGAUGAACAUGAUGACAAUGUGCCUAAAUUCGAAACGAACGAGUGCGAUUUCUUCAGACAUCCGAACAUUGAUCUUCAAUUGCUUGCCAAGAUACGAAACGGAGAUGCCGAUGUGGCGGAGGCAAGGGACAACUCAAUGUUAUGGAACCUGAACUACGAUCGUUUCCAUCAGGAUUUCAGGGACACCAUCAUGGUAGAGGCAAUUGAGCGAAAACUGGGCGAAAAUGCUGCGGAGUGCUUUCGAUACAUACUUAAGAUUAUGUACAACACCACUGAUCCGUGGCAGAGAAAAGUCUCAAAUCAGAUAACUUUUGUGGAAAUUAAACAGGCCAUCGAAAGGAAAUCAAAUAACCUCGAUCUUAUGAAGUACAUGGACCAGUACAUAAGUUUGUUGACUGAGGACUCCCUGGGAUUUUUCCGAAGAGUGGGAGACAUGGGUGGUGGAGUGUAUGUUGUGGAUAUGGAACAUGCCUUCGAGUCCCUUGCCUUUGCUUGCGUAGAGUCAGUCAUAACGGAACGUUUUGGCUCGAAGGCAGCACGAAUAUUUCGAGUAAUUCGAUGCAAGAGAUACAUAGAACAGGAAGAUCUGCAAAAGGAAGCGAUGAUACCUUCUAAAGAAGCCAAGUCGCUGGCAUAUAAUCUAUUCCAAGAACAGUUUAUACACGUUAAGAUAAUUAAGAAGCCGGGAGGAGGUAGUAAUGGCCCUGCCAAAGCCUUCUACCUCUUUCAAGUCAAAGAGAAAGAUACCGUGAGAAUGUUACUGGAUGCCAGCUACAAGUCCCUUUAUAACACAAUAGAACGAUCGAACUUUGAAAAAAAUGAGCAUAAGGGUCUCAUUGAGAAAUCACAAAGACUAGACAGCAUAGUAGAGACAAUGAAGGAGCGCGGAGAGACUGACGAAUAUAUCGCUGAGAUUGGGGAAACUAUUACUCCACCGGAGUGCGAGAUUUUGAAUAAGGUAAAAAAUCGAAUAAAAACCUUGUUGAAAGCCGAACUGACCCUUGACGAUACAAUAUUCCUUUUGCAAAUGUAUCAGCAUCAUUGCACUUCACUGCCUACUGGUAUUCGAAAAUUUAAAUAAAUGGAACAGUUAGGGAAA